AUGACUGGGUACGAGGACGAACAUUUUUUGGGUCUGCCACUCGAUGCGGCACCUGUGUCAAACGGUGCCCCUGUCACUGAGGGCACAACCAAAGGUUUCAAGAUAGUCGUCGAGGCGAGGAAGUUCGAUGAUGGCUCUGGUUCAGAUUCUGAAAGUAGCAGUGGAGCCAGUGCCAGAUCCGGCAGUAGUUUGCUGUCAAGAAGAUCAAACUCCAGCAUGUACAAGUCCGGGCUGAGCAUCGCCAAUGAUAAAAUGGGAGAUUCUCGCAGUUAUCGUGAAUUGCUCGAAAGCAAGGGCUACAAGAUCACAGGUGUCAUCGGCCGCGGCCAGAACAGUGGCUUCCUAGUUCAUGCCGCUGUCCGAGAAAACCAGAAAUACGCAGUGAAGGUCUCGAUAGAGACUGGCCAGGAAGGCACGAAUGGAGAUGCCAUUCGCAAAGAGUAUCAAGUUCUGCGUCGGCUUGAGCAUGAUAGAAUCGUCAAGGCUUAUGGUCUAGAAGAUGAGCUUGAUGAAGGCAUCAAGGGAGUUGCAAUGAUCCUGGAGAUGUGUCAUGGCAGCACAUUGAAUAAGUGGCUGCCAUGGCACGACAGGGACAGGGACAGAAUGGUUCUGGAUGUGGCCUGCCGACGGCAGUGUUUGACACAGAUCGCUUCUGCAAUUGCUUACCUGCAUUCAGUCGGGAUUGCCCACCGUGACCUCCAUUCGAAGAAUGUGGUCGUGCACGCCAGCCAGUCCAGCAGUGGUUUCGAUAGCCAGUCGGUGCAGGUGAAGGUCAUAGACCUAGGCUGCGCCCGAGACCUUGAUAGCGACGAGGCCAUGGAAGCUGACAUUAAUGUCAACAUCCUGCCCGUUGGAGCCACGCGGCCCUGCGAUGUCUUUGCACUGGGCCUCCUGGGCGCAUCACUGAUAGCCGGCAAGGAGGUGUCAAGCUGGACAGUGGUCCCUACCGGGGCUCAGGACGACUCUUCCAAGAAGCUUCGUCUCCCGCCAUCCGGGCGGAAAGACACUGAGAUGAAGGCUUCUUUCAAGGAAUUCCUACUCGCCUUGCUCGAAACAGAUCAUACUCACAGGCUCACAGCUUCUGAGGCAAUGUGCAGAAUACCAAAGGAGUCCGAGUGGCUUGAGAUCGUAUCCAAAAAGAUUUCGCUGUGA